AUGACGUAUCAACUGGUAACGAACAAAACGAAUGCGGGCGAUCAAUUUUUAUCAGAUAAAAAAUUAGAAAUAUAUUUCCAUUUAAUUAAACUGACGAAGAUGUUUUGUUCGCAUUGUGGGCAAGAGAAAGACAAAAAUGCAAAUUUUUGCAAGAGUUGUGGAGCAAGUGUGUCAGAGAAUAAAUCUUCGCCUUCGUCCUCAACUAGUCAGCAACCGCUAAGUUUUAAAGAGUACUUAGAGAAGAAGAGUGAAGCCGGUGGAAGCAGUUCCAGUGCAGGCAGUGUUGAUACGUCCGCAUUCAAAAAUAUUAAAAAAAGGAAGAAAAAUGAACGCUUAAGUCAGAUUAAACAGGAAAAGAAAGAUGAAAUCGUGAAG